CGGAACAGGGGACUGGCGAGAUCAAGCGGACCCUCAUUCACAAGCCAUUCGCCUGCUGCUGCAGUGACGACACCCCGGCAGCUGCCCGGCCGAAAUUAGAAGCGGCUCGGUUGGGGUCUUGGGUAAAAUAGGUACCUGCCCUGGGUACCUACCCUAGGUACCUACCCUAGGUAUCCAGGUAAUGUAGCUUACCCCUACACCUGCUGGGCAUGGGCAGUACAGCAACGUGGUGUAAAUAUCACCGUCGAGACAUUUCGCCUCAACCUCCCUUGCCUUGCUCGCAACCACCCUUCCCGUCGCGCAUCCGCAAGAAACCUGCAAGCAAAUAAUAUCGAACGGCCACUGGAACCCAAGAUCUCUGUGAACCAGCAACGACCGCCUGGAGCUGCGAGCCUCGAGCUGUCUGCCCGCUCCCCCUGUUGCCCAGCAUGGCCCUGCCAUUCAGGGAUAUUAAUGUCCAAGUCGCCUCCGACUCCUACAUCUUCACCUCGCCUUCCUCCCCCAAUGCCCCGGCUCUUACUAUCGACCGGCCAAGUGGCGAUAUCCGGUUGAGCGACGGUGCUCUGGUGGCUGGGAAAAGGGUGUCGAGGGUGACAAGCAUUGCUGGCAUCUUGGGCAUCAUCCAGCUGCGACUUGACAAGUAUGUCAUCGUCAUCACCAAGGCCCAGCCCAUCGGACGGCUCAGGGGCCACAUGGUCUACAAGAUCGUCUCGACCGAUAUCCUCCCGAUGCGCGAGCGACAAGUCCACGACCCAGACGAGGAUAAGUUCCUCCUGAUACUCAAGUCCUUCAUCAAGUCUGGUCCCAUGUACUUUUCGUACUCGAUAGAUCUCACCAACAGCUUCCAGCGCCAGUCACAGCAUGACAACUCCAGGCCGUUGUGGCAGAGGGCAGACGACCGAUUCUUCUGGAACAGACAUGUCCAGUCCGACCUGAUCGAUUUCCGUACAUCAGGCGCGAGAGGCCACCCAGGCCCCCAGCCUGGCGCUGACCCUUAUAUUCUGCCAAUCAUCUUUGGCAUGCUCGAGAUCCACCCGACAACAUUCAAGGGGACUCCUUUGACCAUCAUUCUGAUCACCAGACGUGGCCGGCACAGGGGCGGUACUAGGUACUUCUCGCGAGGAAUAGACGAGCAGGGCCAUGUCUCCAACUACAACGAGACGGAGCAGGUUGUGAUCCUGAAUGACAACGGGACCGGCAUGAGCGGCUUUGCCGGUUCUGCCGACGUCCAGGCUCGCAAAUCAGACGGCCAAGAGACACAGAUCCUAUCCUACGUCCAGACCAGAGGCAGCGUGCCAGUAAACUGGGCCGAGAUCAACACCUUGUCGUAUACGCCCAAGCUGCAGAUCCGUGGCAUCGACUCUGCCGUCGGCGCAGCGUCAGCACACUUCAACGAGCAGAUCCGCAUUUAUGGCGAUAACUACCUGGUCAACCUUGUCAACCAGAAGGGCCGGGAAAAGCGCGUGAAGGAUGCCUAUGAGCAGAUCGUCGAGAAGCUGCAGUCGUCGCCCAAGGAGGCCGUGACUGGCGAUCAGAUCACCGACGAGAAGUUCCACGUCAUCGAGUCUGGAAGUUCCAAGCGCGCCUUUGACCGCGUCCACUACAUCUACUUCGACUUCCACUCCGAGACAAAGGGCAUGCAGCUGCACCGGGCACAGCUCCUCCUGGACCGCAUGCAGGACGCGCUCAUCGCCCAGCAGUACUUCCGGGCCGUGGACAUGCCGGCGGGCAUCGACGGGCGCCUGGAGCCCAGGAACUUCCAGACCUCGGUCGUGCGCACCAACUGCAUGGACUGCCUGGACCGCACCAACGUGGUGCAGAGCAUGCUGGCGCGGUGGACGCUCGACCGCAUGUUCGUCGACCUGGGCCUGAUGCAGCGCGGGGCCACCUUCAAGGACGAGGACCCGGCCUUCGAGUUCCUCUACCGCAACCUGUGGGCCGACAACGCCGACGUCGUCAGCAGGAGCUACUCGGGCACGGGCGCCAUGAAGACGGACAUGACGCGCCUCGGGAAGCGCACCAAGGCCGGCGCCAUGCGCGACGGCGAGAUCGCCAUCACGCGGUACGUCAAGAACAACUUCCUCGACGGGCCCCGGCAGGACGCCUUCGACCUUUUCCUGGGCACCUACGACCCCGGCGCGGUCGCCGUGGGCCCCAGCCAGAUCUUUGCGGACCGCCGCCCCGUGCUCAUCCAGGCCAUCCCCUACGUCCUGGCGUUCAGCGUCUUCUUCGUGCUGGUCGGCAUGUUCACCAGGCGCCUGCCCGACUCGGCGGUCCUGCCGAUGCGCCUGUUCAUCAUCUUCUGGACCCUCGUGGGCGCCUGGGCCGGACGGUUCAUCCUUAAGAACGGCAUGCUCUACGUCAACUGGCCCAAGCUCAACCCCCGCCCCUACGUGGCAGAGGGCUACCAGGAGACCAUCAGCAAGGUCAGGAAAGACCCGCUGCUCGGCCCUCUUGUGGCCAGGCACGAGCGCGGCCUGAGCGCGGCAAGGUACUCCAACGCCGAGGAGGGCAAGAAGAGGAUCGAGUAGAGGUGGCUUUCGUGGCGGCGGUGUGUUGUAAUAAUAGAAUUUGAUUUCUGUUUUGGUCGCCCGGCUGGAGUUCCGGCUGCUUGUCUCGUAAUCGGCAUUUAUAAUUCUGAACAGGGCUGCUUUUGCGUUUUCUCUCAUUCUAUCCUUCUGUGUUUCUUUUUUUGAUUUUGCAUUUUGAAGCCCACAGACUUCUAGCAAGGGUUAUAAAGCUCUUCACUAAUUCGAUUCUUCAGCGUGCUCUACCACCUCCUUUGUACCCUUCACCACAUGUGAUGUCUGUAUUUCAUGUUUGUGCGCCGAACAAUUCGUCUCUACUUCCCUCCCUCUUUCAGUCUUCCUGGUUGACAGGGUAACCAGUGCAUUCAUGUCAAAAUGUGUAACUCUCAUCACCAAGAGCGAGGCCAUCACAGGAUCGCAAGCAGAUUGUUCUCGAUGGUCUUGAUUUAUGCCGGAAAGCCACCUGAAUCCGCACAGCUGACCCUUGUCUAUAUCAUCCAACGUCUUAGGGCAAGAAGCAAGACAUGCUCCUGAUAUCUACGCCAAGACCAGACCAGACCAGACCAGAGCCACACCAUAGGAACCUCUCCAACCCUCCCAAACCCAUCCAUCCCCACCCCGAUCUCAUGCUGGCACCACACACAGCUGGCCAGCAAACCCAACCCGACGGAACCCAACCAAACCAAACCAAACCAAGACCCUUACUUUGGUCUGGGCAUCAGGCCGCCACGAAAUCAGUCCGGAUAUCAAGCCGGGCAGAGACAAACACCUCCUCCCCAGCA